AUGGAUGCUGGUAGGAUAAACGGGGUGCUUUUUCUUGAUUUAUGCAAAGCAUUCGACACAGUCGAUCAUGUCAUCCUCAUAAAAAAGUUAUCUAAUUACGGGAUACAAGACAAGGCACUAGAAUGCUUUAAAUCAUAUUUGUCUAACAGGGAACAAUACUGUAAG